UAAACAUUUGUGUCUAUUUCUUCUGCUUAUCUACAGAGUGACAACAUGUGUCAGCUCAGUCUAAUUACAGGUCUCUGUUUGAUCUUCGCCAGCUUUGCCUCCUCCUCCAGGCUGGUGUGUUACUACAACAGCGAGGCUGACAAAAGAGGAGGAGAUGGGAAGUUCACCAUUUCAAAUAUCGAUCCAAACAAGUGUACACAUCUGAUAUAUGCCUUUUCUGACAUUAACAACUUAAAUGAGCUGGUGCCCAGCAAUGCAUCUGACUUACAACGAUAUGCGUUAUUCAAUGAACUCAAAGACAGAAAUCCAGAGCUCAAAACCCUGUUGGCGGUUGGAGGCAUGACCUUCAACACACAGAAGUAA